AUGCCUAGUCCAACUUCGAAAAGAGCUGUCCUUGCAGCCACUAAUGCAAUUCAAAAGCUUUAUCCAGUCAGACUAGCCGAUAGUUCCUGGGACAAUACCGGUUUGUUAGUGGACUCAUCAUCAGAGGCCAAUGAGUCCGAUGCCUGCAAGAUUUUGUUGACAAUUGACUUAACCCAGAAUGUCGCCGAGGAAGCAGUCGAGAAAAAGUCGAAUAUGAUCGUCGCUUACCAUCCCUUCAUCUUCAGGGGGCUCAAGUCUAUCACAUCCAAAGACCCCCAACAAAGAUCUCUUGUCAAAUUGAUCCAGAAUAACAUCAGCGUUUACAGUCCACAUACAGCCGUUGAUAGCGCCAAGGGCGGUGUCAAUGACUUUUUGGCUGAUGGCAUCUCACAGAACUUGAAGAUCAAAUCUCGCCAAGUCAUUGAACCAAACCCUGAGGAAGAAGGCUGUGGUAUGGGUCGCCUCAUAGAACUUGAGGAGCCCGCAUCGCUCACAAAACUCGUGGAGAACGUCAAGCUGUCUCAAUCGCUUAAGCACGUCCAGGUUGGUGUUGGCAGAAACUUGGCCAAAGACCAUCCAGUGAGUACAAUUGCUAUCUGUGCUGGAUCUGGAGGUUCCGUUUUCAGAGGUGUCAAGGCAGACUUAUACUAUACUGGUGAAUUAUCACACCAUGAAGCGUUGUUUUUUACGGAAAGUGGUUCCUCGUUGAUCGCUUGUAACCAUUCGAACACUGAGCGGGCUUUCUUAUCUGUGUUGAAGAAGCAGUUGGAACAGGAGCUUCCAGAGGCGGAGGUGGAGAUCAGUGCCAAGGACAAAGACCCAUACGAGGUCUGGUAA